AUGGCCUUUUAUUCUGGGGAGGAGUUUAUUCGACAAGAACUUUCACAACAAGAACGACAAAGUUAUCAAAAAGCAUUUGAUUAUUAUCUUCGAAGUUUAAAAUUAGUUGAAAAUCGUGCUAAUUUACAUGAUGUUUAUCGUACUUUAUCAUGGAAAUUAUCAAAUAGUUAUUUUACAAUGAUAACAUCACUUCAAGAUUAUGCACCAUUAAGUAGAAUGUCGCAAGAAGAUGUGAAAUGA